CGUCGAGAAAAUAAUUCUGUUCCUUGUCCCAAGUGGAGUGAAAUAUGGCAGGCUUCCAUGGUGGGAGAAGUCUGAUGAUAGUAGCAAUGGCAUGCAGUUUGCAUACUAGUAGUAGCCGUGACGAUCCACUUCUUUAGAGAGCUCGGAUUUUGUGAGGACGUGUACAGCAGAGCUGUUCACUUGCACAACGCCCAUUAAAUACUUGUCCAGUGCUGAUUUCAUGCUCUGCCACGAGUUUGCCAAGCAAGGCCAAGUAGAAUACCGUGGUGUUUUGUGAAGCUACAACCAGUGAAUGAGCAAGAUGCCGAAGACGGCAGCAGCGUCUACCGUUCCGUACAAUGCCGGUAUGGCUUCACGACUCUCACCUGUGCAGCAAAUCAUCUCAGCUAGCUCAGGUGCUGCUCUGGUGUCCUUUUUCACAACACCAUUUGAUGUGGUCAAAGUCCGUCUACAAGCGCACCAGAAGACCACCAGUGCAUUGAGCAGUGUGCGGGGUCUCUGCGAACUGUGCUUGUGCGGUGUGACCAAUGCUGUCCGCACGGAAGCCAUAUCUUUACCUCAGAUAUCCAGAGAACGUUACACCUCGUUUCAAAUGGUGAAGACUAUUGCAGUUGGAGAAGGACCUCGUCACCUGUGGCGUGGGCUCUCUGCAUCAUUAGUGAUGGCAAUACCAGCCACAGUUAUCUACUACACUGCUUAUGACAUGAUGAUGGCGAGAACGAGCUUCAAUGAGAACCGCUCAAACCUCAUCUAUCCCAUCGUGUGUGGCUCGUCUUCUCGCUCUUUGGCGGUGCUGGCUAUUUGCCCCAUUGAAAUGAUCAGAACGAAAAUGCAGUCACAAGCACUCAGCAGCCACCGAGGACUAAAGUCUGUGCUGAAGGAAGCGAUUCAAUUAGAUGGUGUUUGGUCUCUGUGGCGAGGAAUGGUACCAAUGCUAUGGAGAGAUGUACCCUUUUCAGCGAUCUACUGGUGUUCGUAUGAGGUUAUGAAGUCGCGUGCUGUUCGUGAAGGUCGGACCAUCUCGACUGUGGAGGCAUUCACAGCUGGUGCUGCAGCGGGAACGACUGCAGCCAUUCUCACAAACCCGUUUGAUGUUGUCAAGACCUAUUGGCAAGUUGAAGUUGGGGACAGGCGGUGCAAAGCUGUACCGAAACACCCAGCGCCAACUGUGUCCAUGGGUGACUGCAUGGGGCGGAUUGUGAACGAUCAUGGUGUCCGUGGAUUAUUUGUGGGUCUCGCACCUCGUGUCAGUAAGGUUGCACCAGCAUGUGCUAUCAUGAUCAGUAGCUAUGAAUUCUGCAAAACGUUCUUCCAUGAGAGAAACAGCAGUGAGAGGUGAGGCUCGGAUGUAUCGGUGUCCUGGAUAACUCUGGAACCUCUGCGUGCUGCAAUGAUUGCCCUGCUGCUGCAACAACUUCCCUCGCGGUUCAAGUUCAGUGAAGAGGCAGCGAAGCUGGCCUCUUUUGCCCUUGUUGGAAACAAGGAGGCGGGUUAGUUAUUGGAGCAGCACUUCUUCUGACCACUAUGUGGUGAACAGAAUACCUUGCGGUAAUGCCCAACCGCCUACACUUGUGUGCUAUGGCACUCUGAUUCGCCGGAGUAUGCCUUCUAAGCUACUGCAAGUGCUCUGCCAUCUGCUUGGCCAUGUGCCACCGAUGCUCUGCUGAUGCGAAGUGGUGAACUAUGUGCUACUGGACAGAUGUCACCCAGUCGCUUUACUUCAGGUGUUGUCAGCCAUCGAUGGCACCAAUGAUAAGCAGACUUCUUAUGUGUACAUGGCUGUACUGUUGUUGGAGGUUGUUGGGCGUAUUUUUUUUUAUUUCCAGAAAGGCAGGAGUCGAUGGCUGUCCUGUUCUUUGUCUAUUCUUAGUGUGUUGAUAACUGUUCCAGUCAACAUACAUGUGCCGUCUCAGAGUGAAUCAUUCAUGAUGCGUCUCAGGCAGGCAUGCACCUGAUUACCCUCUAUCUCCCUCCAUCCCCCGUAUAUCAUCUUGUAGGUUAUUUUAUAGGCGCGGUCGGCACAUUCUUCUUUCAAACAAAAUUUGUUUUUGUCCAUCUGUUUUGUCCCAUCUGUUACUAUUUAUUCUGUGGUAUCUGGUAUAUCAAGAAUUCCUGUAAGAAUCUGAACUCGGAUAAUUAUAA